GACAAACAGACAGAAAUAGAAGUUGACCUCUUACGCUACAACCACUUUCCAAGUCUUUCAUUUUAAGCAUUCUCUUAGAUCCAAAGUUUCACCAACUGAAGUUCCCAGAAAUCUUUGCAACAGCUUGAACUGUCACUACCAAAAUUUCAGAUCAAUGCUUAUGUAGUGACUACAACUUCAGUUUUGGUUCGGACGCAGCAAAACUGCUGUAUUCUUCGUUUUGUUCUUUGAGAAAUUGGGUUUUGAUUUUUAAUGGUUUCUAGGAAGUGGGUAGCUGAGAAAUAUUGAGAAAAGAGAUUGAAUAUUGAAAAUUUUUAGAACCAUGAGGAGUGUAUAUGUGGCUGUUGUUGUUGUUUGUAUAAUGUGCGAGAUGUUUAUCUUAGGGUUGACAAAUUAUGUUCCAGAAGUGGAGUUUGAGUUUAAAAAAGAAUCUUCUAUGGAAGUGGAACACAAUUAUGAAAGAAUUGGUGAGGUAAAGAAACAUUGUAAAUCAGUUCUAUCAUCAGCUUCUGAAUUCAAAGCUGAAGAUAAUAGGAUAGCUGAUAUAAAAGAGGAGCUCAAUUUCGGGUAUGGGGAUUGGUGGCAGGAUGUUGGUGAUGCUCCUAUUAUGCCAUUUGAUGAUAGAGAUAUCCCUAAGAAUUUGUCACAGCCUCCCUCUAAUAUAUCUUCUUUCUGGAUCACAAAUGUCGAUCACAAACAUCGGACUAAGAAGUAUGUAAGUGUCAGUGGCAUUUUGAUGUUGGGCAUAACACUGGAUACUUCAUUUGCGGAGAGGCCAUACAAGGGUAGUCCUCGAUUUCAGAUAUGGCCUGCUCAUACUCAGCUUGCGAUUUCAUUCGAAGGGAUUUAUAUGGAAAACAAACGGAAUGGUGGAGAAAGAGUGAUGUGUUUGUUAGGGGAUGCAAUGUUGCCAUCUCGGGAGUCUGACUCGAGCAAUCCAUGGGAAUGGGUGAAGGACUCUGAUCAAAACAACAACCAGGUACCCCUUUUGCAAGAUGAUCAAAUAUUGCUUGUUCUUCGCUACCCCUUGACACAUACUUUGACAAAUAAGGUGAUACGAGGGGAGUUGAAAAGUUUAAAUCCAAAGUCAAAUGCUAAGUACUUUGAUCAGGUUCACAUUUUGGGACAGAUGCUCAAGUCGACAAAAUAUGAAUUUGGGUCUGAGAAGAUUGUAUCCAAGGCAUGUGAUCCUUAUCCAUAUCGAGAUAACUUGAUGAGUUCUGGCAUCAGUGUUUACAAAGGAGGUAGUUUCUGUGCAAUUCUUGAGAAAGUUACUAAUAGUGGACCUUUCACUGUUGUGCCAAACUGGAAAUGCGACGGCGCAGACGACUACUGUAGUAAGCUGGGUCCUUUUGUAUCAGAUCAAGAGAUUAAAGCCACAAAUGGGAGCUUCAAGGAUGUCAUGCUUUACAUGCAGGAUGUCAGGUGCAAGCCAACUAGUGGGCAUCGAAAUGAUAGUGUGGCAAGAGUUGCUGCAGUUUUUCGGGCCACUCCUGCAUCGGAGGAUCAGUAUAGAGUGCAAUGGAGGUCUGGGCUUAGCAACAUGACUCUAGCUGCUGAAGGAAUCUGGAAUUCUUCCAGCGGGCAGCUUUGCAUGGUUGGUUGUCUUGGCAUAGUAGAUGCAGAAGGGAGUAGCUGUAACUCUCGUAUAUGUUUGUAUGUUCCUCUGUCGUUCUCCUUAAAGCAGCGAAGCAUUAUUUUUGGGAGUAUUUCGAGUAUUGAUAGAAGUAAUAAGCAAUACUACCCUUUAUCAUUUGAAAGGUUAGUGAGGCCCUCAGAGCUGUGGAAUUAUUUCAGAGUGUCACAUCCUUAUUAUAGUUACUCAAAAAUCCAAUCAGCUGGUGCAAUCCUAGAAAAAAAUGAGCCCUUCAGUUUUGGAACUCUUGUCAAGAAAUCCUUGCUGCAAUUUCCUAAACUAGACGACACUGAUGACUUUUUGUCCAGCCUUUCUUUUCUUGCAGAAGAUCUGACCCUUCAAAUCUCUGCUGUUCCUGAUCCUUUUUCAAAUUCUCAUCCUCCGAGAGUUGAUAUUCAGAUGGAUAUUUUCUCAAUUGGUCCUUUGUUCGGGCGCUAUUGGUAUUCAAGAAAUGUGACAACUGCAGGAGAGACACCUUACCGCACUAAAGCUGAAUACACCGAAAAGCAGCUCCUUUUGAAUGUAUCAGCUCAACUAACCAUUAUUGGAAAAGAUUAUAGCAAUUUUUCUGUUCUUUUUCUGGAGGGUCUUUAUGAUCCGCAUUUUGGAAGGAUGUAUCUUGUUGGCUGCAGGGAUGUUCGAGCUUCAUGGAAGAUCUUAUCUCAGACCAUUGAUCUAGAAUCGGGGUUGGAUUGCUUGAUCGAAGUCAUAGUGUCUUACCCACCAACUACUGCACGGUGGUUGUUCAACCCAACUGCAAGAAUCUCCAUAUCUAGUCAGAGACCUGAAGAUGACCCACUAUAUUUUGGAAUGAUUAAGCUUCAGACUCUGCCAAUUAUGUACAGGAAGCAGAGGGAAGAUAUUCUCUCUCGGCGGGGUAUUGAGGGAAUCCUCUGUGUUUUGACUCUUUCAUUUGCAGUUGCUUGCAUUUCUAGUCAGCUGUUUUACCUCAAUCAGGAUGUUGAUUCCUCUCCUUUUAUUUCCCUUGUUAUGCUGGGUGUCCAAGCCCUUGGGUAUAGUCUUCCUCUUAUUACUGGUGCCGAAGCUCUCUUUAAAAGAGAGGCUUCUGAUUCUUAUGAAAUGCAAUCUUAUGACCUUGAGAAGAGUCAGUGGCUGAAUUUGAUUGAUUACACGGUGAAGCUUCUCGUGCUGGUGAUGUUCCUUUUGACUCUGAGGCUCUGCCAGAAGGUGUGGAAAUCUCGGAUCAGAUUACUUUCACGAUCCCCACUUGAAUCACAUCGUGUCCCAAGUGACAAGCGAGUACUUAUUGCAACCCUUACCAUACAUGGCAUUGGGUACAUAAUUGUUCUGAUCAUUCAUGCUGUUAAAACCAGACAGAUGCCGCUUCAAACCGAUAGGUUUAUAGAUUCAAGGGGCCGUUCCCGAACACUACGGGAAUGGCAAAUUGAACUAGAGGAGUAUAUUGGCCUGGUUCAAGAUUUCUUCUUGCUCCCCCAAGUCAUUGGUAACUUGAUGUGGCAAACCGAUUGUAAACCUCUGAGGAAACUCUAUUUCAUUGGGAUUACAGUGGUCAGACUUCUCCCUCAUUUAUACGACUAUAUAAGAGCUCCAGUUCCCAAUCCUUACUUUGCAGAGGAGUACGAGUUUGUAAAUCCGACAUUGGACUUCUUCUCAAAUUUUGGGGAUGUUGCCAUUCCCAUCACAGCAGUUUUGCUUGCUGCAGUCGCCUAUUGUCAGCAAAGGUGGAACUAUGAUCAGCUUAGCCAGAUUCUGACCUUCAGGCAAUGUAGGCUUCUUCCUGCAAGAUCAAGAGCUUAUGAGAGGUUGUCUUCCAAGCCUUUUGAAGCUGAGCUUGCCUCUGAUGUUAACCAGAGUACCUCAAAUAAGCUAGAGGAUGAGGAUGAUGAAGAAUAGUUAAAUUCCUUCUCAACAUUACUGACAGAAACAUGUGUGAAUGUGUUUGUUUUCUAAGUAUAACAUGUUGGCAUCUAUCCUGCAUAUUUUAAUCAAUAGAAAUCAAAAACAAAUUUCUGAA